UUUCACUGGUGCCUCCGAGUGCGUCAUUGGAAUCAACACCGUCAGAGAGCGUGCGACUUAAGGAAUACAGCUCCCACAAGAAGCGGACCCAUUUAUUCUGCGACUUUCGCGUUCCCAGUUCUGAACGUUCGUUCUGUCCGAAUUGUACGCAGCAGGCUCUGCAAUGACUUUCCCACUUAGCUUAGUUGAUGCGAUCAUCGUUUGUGUGACUGCUUGCUUUCUGCUUUACAUAUAUGCGGCAAGGCAUCGAAACUACUGGAAAAACCAGAAUGUGGCACACGAGAAGUUUUCUUUGAUAUUUGGACCUGCCAAGAGAUUGCUGUUAAAGCCAGUAUGUCUGAGUGAUCAAGAACGAUACAAGAAAUACGGACGAUUAUUCGGUGCUUACGAGCAAGGAAAACCAUGCCUCUUCGUAGCCGAACCUGAUCUGAUAAAGCAGGUGCUCGUCAAGGACUUCCAACUUUUGCCAAACAGAAAGCAGCGACGCACGUCAAAUCUCCUACUGGACAACAUGAUGGUCAUUGCAACCGUUGAGCGCUGGCGAUCAAUACGCCCCGCAUCUAGUCCAGCAUUCUCGACUGGGAAGCUGCGUAAGAUGAACGCGUUGAUUCAAGAUUGCGCGAGAACGACAUGUAAGCAUCUCAGAGAAGCUGCGGAGAGAAACGAUGACAUCGAUGUCAAAAGGUUCUUUGGUCAUUACUCACUCGACGUGAUCGCAAGGUGCGCCUUCGGCACAAGACUUGACUCCCACACAGACGCCACCAACGAGUUUGUGACGCAAGCCAGUAAAGCAUUUUCCGCAAGAAUGUCCUUGAGGCUGCUUAUUGCAGUGCUUUUUCCGGGACUCGUGAAGUACUUCAGCUUUAGAAUAGCAACAGGCAGCGAGUUUGAAUACUUCAAAAAUGUUUGUCAGCGCAUCAUAAACGAGAGGCGUCAGGAAGAUUUCCGUCAAGAAGAUUUUUUGCAGCUCAUGAUGGAUGCUCAGGAAGGUAGCCUUGCUUCAAGUGAUGAUGGCGCAGCAGAUCCAGAGAGCAAACUAUUCGACGUUGGUUCGGAAAAUAAGCCAGAGACGACGAAGAGCACUAAACGUCUGAGUGAAAUCGAAGCCAUGGCGCAGUGCGUGCUUUUCUUUCUGGCCGGUCAGGAGACCACGUCGUCAACGAUAGCCUUCACCACCUACCUGCUUGCUCUCAACCCCGACGUCCAAGAAAAACUGCGAAAAGAAGUGGACGAUUGCAUUGCGGAGAAUGGCCCGGAGCCCAGCUUGGACGUCAUAUCCAAGCUGACGUACUUGCACUGCGUAGUAUCGGAAGCGUUACGCUUGUUCCCGCCUGCAACAAGGCUUGAACGGUCAGGCUACGAAGACUACACUCUUGGCGACACGGGUAUCAAGCUUCCGAAAGAGUGCUCUAUUAUGAUCCCCGUUUAUGCGAUGCAUCACGACCCGGAGCUGUUCCCCGAUCCUGACAGCUUUAGACCUGAACGAUUCAGCGACGAGAACGUGGACUCUGUCCAACCGUACACUUAUCUUCCUUUCGGUGCUGGGCCACGGAACUGCAUUGGGAUGCGCCUCGCCCUUCAGUCCGUCAAGCUCUGCCUGCUUCAUUCGUUACAUAGCGUUCAGUUCGUUCGCACAGAUAAAACAAAGGAUCCCUUGACCAUUAAGAAAGGACUUGGUGUCUUAACAGCAGAAGACGUCACUGUUGGAAUACGGAGAAGGCCGGGUCAACACGUCUAGAUAUGGCGUCACGAAAGCACAAAAGUUCACUUUGUAUUGUGUGGUGGCAGCGACAGAGAAACAUGUGUUUCUCGGAAAUAGAAACGAUUCAACAUUUACAUUAAGAAAAGGAAUUGUACCAAUAAAAUAUGCUAU